UGAUACUCCAACAAGCAGCUACAGAGUCGGGACCCCUUCUGUUUGACGUCACACCGGUGCAAAACUGACACCGCGCGCACUGACUGUGUGGCUCUCCUCUCAUUGCACCCAAACGCGCGCCGGUCGAUUUCUCCUCCGCUCCUCCGAAUCGAGUUCUGAGACUAGAAGUACAUCAAAGAUCCGCGUCAAACUCUGUAGUCCUUACUGUCGGUUCUAGAACACUUGACCGUUUUUUUGCAUUCUCUUUCUAUUUCUUUGAAAGUUGGAUUAGCGCAGCUCGUUCGGCAGGAUAUAGUCCGCUUUCCAGCGGUUCCUCAGAAGAUGACCAGUGGUGAAACUGAGAAAGGGAACAGCGAAAGGAGGUCGAUGCUGCCAAAGGUAGAGUGGUCCCCAGGUAAAGCCCUCCUAUGAGGUGAGGUUAAGGUGACCCCUGACCCCGCUCACACAGCGCCCCUCCACCAGGCAGCAGGACUAAGGGAUGUCACGGGGCUUCCUGCUGCUCACGCUGCUCACAGUCUUCUCCAGCAUCCAAGUGUCCCCAGCUAAGCCAUUAAAGGCGUUGAUGCAGAGAUGGGUGAUGUACACGGAGGAGUGUAGCCGCAAUAACAGCAGAGAACCACCGCUCACUGGUGUUGUGUGUAACAGGACCUUUGACAUGUAUGCCUGCUGGCCCGAUGGACUCCCCAACACUACUGUCAGUGUAUCCUGUCCCUGGUACCUGCCCUGGCACCACAAAGUCCAGCAUGGUUGGGUGUACAGGGAGUGUGAUGCGGACGGCCAGUGGGUUCCCCAGAAGAACACUAGCGAGUGUGAUGCUAAUGAUCCUGCUCAGCCUCACUAUGGUCAGAUCCUCAAGAAGUUCCGGACCAUGUACACCGUGGGCUACUCUCUGUCUCUGGGGGCUCUGGUGUUAGCCCUCGGAGUCCUGAUCACUUUCAGGAAGCUCCACUGUAUGAGGAACAACAUCCACAUGAACUUGUUUGCAUCCUUCAUCCUGCGUGCUCUGUCCAUUCUGAUAAAGGACGCCAUGUUGGAGGCUCCCAGCGUCAACAUCGGACAGGACCAGGACAUUACACACUAUGAGGUGGAGUGGCUCGUCAACAAUGAGACGGCGGUGGGGUGUCGUAUCGCCGUGGUGAUGAUGCAAUACAGUAUCAUGGCUAACAGCUAUUGGCUGCUGGUGGAAGGCAUCUACCUCCACAACCUGCUGGUCAUCACCGUGUUCACUGAGAGAAACUACUUCAACAUCUACCUGUGUAUCGGCUGGGGUGCCCCGCUCAUCUUCCUGGUGCCCUGGGUGAUGGUGAAAUACCUGUAUGAAAAUGAGGAGUGCUGGGAGCAGAAUAUCAACAUGCAGUACUGGUGGAUCAUACGAUCACCUAUACUGCUAGCAGUUGUGAUUAACUUCCUGAUCUUCAUCCACAUAAUAAAGAUCCUGGUGUCCAAACUGAGGGCUCACCAGAUGAGAUACUCCGACUACAAGUUCCGGUUGGCUAAGUCUACCCUAACCCUGAUCCCUCUACUAGGGAUCCACUUGGUGGUGUUUGUCUUCGUGACAGAUGAGUCCACCGAGGCCACCAUCGCCCUGCGUCUCACCAAACUCUUCAUCGACCUCUUCUUCACCUCUUUCCAGGGUCUGCUGGUAGCUAUCUUAUACUGCUUUGUCAACAAAGAGGUCCAGUCAGAGAUCCUGAAGAAGUGGAAGCGUUGGAAGCUGGGUCGUAACAUAGAGGAGGAGUACCGCCACACCUAUAGCCAGACGCCCCACCUCAACACUAAGAGCAGCAGCCUGCUGGGUCACGACCCCUCGCACCCCUCCUCCCUGCUCCUCCACCCCCACCUCCCUGACAUCACCACCUCCUCCCCUGCUCCCCCUGGCCAGGGCCCAGGCUGCUCCCCAGAGGAGAAGCACCUCCUGGUAGUGAGCUGUCAGAAUGGCAUGGGGCGGAGCAGGAAGAACACGGGGUCGUCCAUGCAGUUUCCCUCCCUACCACGUGAGGGCACCAUCAGCUGUAGUCACACACUGAUAGAGGAUAAUAUGGAUGAUAUCUGCUUGACGAACAGGGUGUCAGAGUGUUACGAGGCUCCUAGAGGAAAUGCAGAGAGCCACCUCUGAGACUGGAGAGGACGGGGAAGAUUAAUAACGUAACACCCUGGUAACUACAGCAGAGACUGGAGAGGACGGGGAAGAUUAAUGACGUAACACCCUGGUAACUACAGCAGAGACUGGAGAGGACGGGGAAGAUUAAUGACGUAACACCCUGGUAACACUCUGGAGCUGGGCAGUGUGUUUCAGGAGAGGUGUGUUUCUCAAUGGCCGUCACCCUGGACCAAUGUUAAUGAGCGAGAUGGCCUUGACAGACCCAGGACCAGUGUGUGUCUCAAUGUUCGUAUCGUCACCCUGAAACAGUGUUAGUAGGAGAGAGACACCUACUCGUCCCUCUCCAAUCCACAGCCAAAUGAGAGAAACAUAGGACAAGCUAGACCUCCCAUGUUGGAACCCUCUGACCCAGACCAGACCUCCCAUGUUGGACCCCUCUGACCCAGACCUCCCAUGUUGGAACCCUCUGACCCAGACCAGACCUCCCAUGUUGGACCCCUCUGACCCAGACCAGACCUCCCAUGUUGGAACCCUCUGACCCAGACCUCCCAUGUUGGAACCCUCUGACCCAGACCAGACCUCCCAUGUUGGACCCCUCUGACCCAGACCUCCCAUGUUGGACCCCUCUGACCCAGACCAGACCUCCCAUGUUGGAACCCUCUGACCCAGACCAGGCCUCCCAUGUUGAACCCCUCUGUCGUCCUAUGACAGUGGAUGUCCUGCGAGCUACAUGGAUUGAUAUGUGUUUUCUCUUCAACAGACAGUCAGACACACAGCAUGGACUCACUGCUGCUGCAGGACUCACUGCUGCUGCAGGACUCACUGCUGCUGCAGGACUCACUGCUGCUGCAGGACUCACUGCUGCUGCAGAACUCACUGCUGCAUGUUCACAAAGCCAAAACGGAGAAGAAUAAAAACAACUUCCAAAGCUAAAUGUGUAAAAUAAUACCCAGAAACCUCAAGUUGCUAAAUACAGGGUCUUAGCUUUAGCCUCUGGUAUAUGUUGUUGUUGUUGUUGUUGUUGUUAUUGUUAUUGUUGUUGUUGUGUUAAAUUGUGAUGUGUUUUCUGGUACUGGAGACAGUACAGGAAGAAUGAACUGGACAUUCAAACAACACCAACAAAAAACAGGCCACAUGACUACCAUGACUACCAUGACUACCAGGACUACCAUGACUACCAUGACUACCAGGACUACCAGGACUACCAGGACUACCAGGACUACCAUGACUACCAGAAAAACAGAGGAAAUCAUGAUAGAACAAACAACACCAAUACAUGAAUACAUAUUCAUACCCUUCAUAGUUCUUUGUAAAGCUUUUGAUGAGAUACCCCCUUGACCUUGCUGUCCAUUCUGGUUGGAUGACGACAGAGAGAGCGAGCGAGAGAGAGAGAGCGAGAGAGUGAGAGAGGGGGGGGAGAGUGAGAGGGGAGAGAGAGAGGUGAGAGAGAGAGGGGGAGAGAGAGAGAGAGGGGAGAGAGAGAGAGGGGGAGAGGGAGAGAGGGGGAGAGGGAGAGAUAGAGAGUUGUAGAUCAGUUCAACCUGAGUUUGUAUAGGACCAGAGAGAUAGGUUGCUUCCCCAAUUGCACCCUAUUCCCUAUAUAGUGCUAUUUGGGACUCGGACAGAGGCAGCGUUCCUGUAGAGUUGACCCCAGUGUAAGGUCACCACCGCUGGGUUCUACCCCCAUAGUGGCCCCCUUACCUGACCUGAGGACCAGGACAGGACCCAUGAAAACCAUGUAUUUAAAGUAUGGCAGCCAUGUUAGCGACCCAAUACAUUGAGGAUAUUCAAAACAGUGCUAUGUCUAUAAUUAGAACAAUAUUGAACAUUGUAAAAGUUGGCCCAACUCUCUGGAUGUAUGGCUCUGGGACCCCUGACAACAUGGCAGCUGCUUCUUUUACCAUAAAGGUACAAGAGACUUUCUACGAAUCCAGGGGCUGACACAGAUAACGGGGCUGACACAGAUAACGGGGCUGACACAGAUAACGGAUCCAGCUAGUGAUAAUAAUGUUGAUGGUGAUGAUGAUGUUGGUGGUGGUGAUGAUGAUGAUGGUGAUGAUGAUGAGGGUUGAUGAUGGUGGUGAUGAUGUUGAUGAUGGUGAAGAUGAAGAUGAAGAAAAUGAUGACGAUGAUGAAGAUAAUGAUGGUGAUGGUGAUGAUCAUGAUGAUGAUGAAGAUAAUGAUGGUGAUGAUGAUGAUGAUGAUGGUGGUGAUGAUGAAGAUAAUGAUGAUGAGUGUGAUACUGUUGAUUAUCAUCACAUUCUAUACAUUCAUGUAAAGCCACCAAUUUCAGAAUAUUUUUUUUUCUUCCCAAACACAAAAGGUUACGACCUGGAAAAUCUGACUUCAUAUUCGACUUGUGAGUUGUUAGUGUUGUAAUCGUGACAAGUGUUUUAUUUUUCUGAAAUGUUUUUUAGAAGAUGGGAUCAGAAAGUAGAAGAAAAGACAGUGGUUUUCUUCAUUCAGUCUGGCUACCCAAGUCUGUUAGAAAUACUAUAUAUUGUACAUGUUAAUAAUGCAGGACUGGACUGGGACCAGGAAUAGGCCUGGGUAUAUCUAAUGUGUUCCCCCAUUAUUAGACACAUCAUUAUUAUUGUGUAGAAACCCCCCUGAUUUAGACAGGCCCACUGGGCUGAAGAGGGGCCAGCCCAUCUGGCAUUUACACGAAUCCAGCAGCUCUCUCUGUUCAACUCUUCAAGAAAAUGUGUUUUUGUCGUCAUGUUUAAAAUAGCCUUUUUGCCGUGCAUGCAAAUGAAUGUUAAUAUAAUAAUCUGUAAUGGGUUUGAGCCAAUGGUAAACAGUAUCAUCAAGCUUUCCAGAGCUGUAUGUCACAUGAGGUCACUGCAUUCAGUUACAGUAUGUUUUCCCUCACCGCCUCCCCCUACUGAGUGAAUGACCCUACUCUAUGGGGAUAUAAGACCUAUAUCAAGUCCACAUAGGGAGUACAGAGUAGACAUGGGUUCAAAUAUUAUUUCAUUUAUUUCAUAUUCUUUAGGUUGUGCUUCAUUGAGCUUGCCUGGCACGGUGGGACCAAUGAAAUGGUCUGAAUAUGGCAAACCCUGUCCAUCUUGCACUCCAGACAGACUCAAUGACGUGGUCAGUGUUGGAAAGAAAACAAAUACUAUUUCAAUGGUUUCAGGUCACCAUGGUAUUACCUAUUCAAACUACGGAGUCAUUAUAUAAUGAAGCAAUAAGGCCUGAGGAGGUGUGGUAUACGGCCAUUAUACCACGGCUACGGGCUGUUCUUAGUCACAACGCAACGCAGAGGCUGCUGAGGGGAGAACGGCUCAUAAUAACGCCUGGAAUGGAGCAAAUGGAAUGGCUUUUAACCAUGUGUUUGAUACCAUCCCACCUAUUCCACUCCAGCCAUUACCACAGCCAUUACCAAAUGAAGGUGCCACCAACCUCCUGUGCUGGAUACAGCCCUUAGCCGUGGUACAUUGGCCAUAUACCACAAACCCCUGAGGUACCGUGGUACAUUGGCCAUAUACCACAAACCCCUGAGGUACCUUAUUUCUAUUAUAAACUGGUUACCAACAUAAUUAGAGCAGUAAAAAUAAAUGUUGCGUCAUACCCGUGGUAUACGGUCUGAUAUACCACGGCUGAGAGCCAAUCAGCAAUCAGUGCAAACGCUGACUGAUACAUAACGGAAGUAAGGUGUCCAUAUUAGGAACACCUCAGUCUCAAGUCCUGCUGAGGCUGUCCUAAUAUGGACACCAUAUAUAAGAACAAAAUCGAGUCUCAAUUUGCUGAGGUGUGAUGGUAUAUAAACCAAUCAGAAAAAACAUACAUCACACCAUAAUCAAAUCCUGUGACUGUGAUGACAGGAGCACAAGAGUUCACAAGAUGGUUCUCAUUUUACACAGCUUUUCUGGAACAGGACGUCUUUGUGAGAAGGGGGAUGGAUUCUUUUUUUACCAAACAAUUGACAGGAAUAACUCAACUCAACAUGACUUUGUAAGGCUAUUUUCACAAUGUUAAUUUAUAAUUGCUAAAUAUGUCAAUCAUUUUAUGUUAAUGACAUUCAAAUGAUUUGUUUGUUUGUCUUAUAUAUGUGUGUGUGUGGUGUGUGUGGUGUGUGUGGUGUGUGUGGUGUGUGUACUGGCAGAUAUGCCCUGGGUCCAGAGAGGUGGGAGUUACAGGAGUUACAGGAGAAGAUAUAGGAGGAAUCAUCCCCUGCUCUAGAACUUCCUCAGCUGAUGUUGUGUUGCAACAGAGCAAUUCCAUUGGUUGUUGUGUUGCAGCAGAGCAAUUCCAUUGGUUGUUGUAUUGCAACAGAGCAGUUCCAUUGGUUGUUGUGUUGCAGCAGAGCAAUUCCAUUGGCUGUUGUGUUGCAGCAGAGCAGUUCUGUUGGCUGUUGUGUUGCAACAGAGCAAUUCCAUUGGCUGUUGUGUUGCAGCAGAGCAAUUCCAUUGGCUGUUGUGUUGCAGCAGAGCAGUUCCGUUGGCUGUUGUGUUGCAACAGAGCACUUCCAUUGGCUGUUGUGUUGCAGCAGAGCAGUUCCAUUGGCUGUUGUGUUGCAGCAGAGCAAUUCCAUUGGCUGUUGUGUUGCAGCAGAGCAAUUCCAUUGGCUGGUGUGUUGCAGCAGAGCAAUUCCAUUGGCUGUUGUGUUGCAGCAGAGCAGUUCUGUUGGCUGUUGUAUUGCAACAGAGCAGUUCCAUUGGCUGCUGUGUGUGUUGCAGCAGAGCAAUUCCAUUGGCUGUUGUGUUGCAGCAGAUCUGUCCCAUUGGCUGCUGUGUGUGUUGCAGCAGAGCAAUUCCAUUGGCCUCAGUUUUGCAGUAGAGCUGUACCAUCGGCUGCUGUGUGUUUGACGGAGCUGUUCCAUUGACUGCAGGAACUGUGGCUUCACGAGAUACACCCCAAGUCAGAAUUCUCAUUGAGUUAGUCUCAUUGGUUACUGUGUUGAAAUAGAGCAUUCCCAUUGGUUGUUGUACAUGCCAUAAACCAGAGUCUUCUAGGAUCCAGUAAAAUUGGCUUCACAAAGUACAUUGAGGUCAGCAGCUACAUUACGCUCAGUCUAUUUCAUCCCCCUUUGCAUGUAGAUCACAUACGGAGCCAGCACGCAUGAAAUCACACAUUUUACCUUCUGUGCAAAUUAAAUGAAAUAGAAAAAAACUUAAAGACAAA